AUGUCAAACAUCCGUCCCAUGCUUUAUAAAGAGCUUCUUAGAGAAGAAUAUCCUAUUGUUCGAGAAUCAUCAGGCGAAUCCCCCCACGUUCGCGUCAAUUCCGCAGUCGCCAUCACCGAUAGUAAUAAAAUUAUUGUUUCUGGUGGCUUUGACAGAUUCACUGAUGAUACCUAUUCUGAUAUUUAUAUACUAGAUCUCAAUACAAACACAUGGUCAAACCCUAAAAUCCCAAAAUCUCUUGAAGACAAAAUGAACCUCUACGGACAUACGGCUGUGGCCCGUGGUGACGUUAUCAUCUUCUUUGGAGGCGAACGCGAUAGGGCAGAUGGCUCUGGUUCCAUCAUCAACCAAGAUCUUAUUUAUUACGAUGUUGUAUCCAACAUGUGGUCAGCUCCUUCCCAAUCUCUUCGUCGUCUUCAUCUUGAGCCUGAAGAAGAUAAUGACUUGGACUUUGAUUCUGAUCACGAAGAUAAUAAUUCCACCGAGUCUAAGCCAAUUCCCGUUUUACGGCAUGCUUGCUGUCUAUCUGAAAAUGGUGAAUCCAUAUUUAUCAGUGGAGGCCAAUUCAAGCAAGAUGAAGAUUCUAAUAAUUCAGGUACUCUUGGUGUUACUUCACAGCUUUGCCGGUUUGAUAUUGAAACGGAAAAGUGGGUUAUCUUACGCGACUUUGUGGCGCGCUAUGACCACACAAUCACAGCUAGCAACCGCAAAAUAUGGGCUUUUGGCGGUCUCACUCCAGAAAUCAACCGGUCUAUAGAUGUCGUUUGGUACGAUCUAGAUACUGACGCUGUUGGGUCAAUCAACAUUAUCGAUGAUCCAAUGGCUCUUUCAUACCCCACGCCUUCAGCAGCCAAUCAUGCAUAUACCCCAGGCUACCAAGGCACAAUUUUAGACGUUUCUCUCCCAGGACCAGCAACGCCAAACUAUCCUCUCAGCAUCACCGCCAUCGACUUGUCUACCUUUAAAAAACGUUCAAUUGUACACAGCUCAUUUGUGUUUCAAGACUGUAUUUGGACAAACAUUUUCUCGAGAGGACCAGCCUUUAUCGUUUUAGGCCGCCCAGGAAACCUAGAAGACAAUGAUCAACAUAUGACCCAUGUGUUUUACUGGGACCUGCGUGACUUUGGGUUUCUAGAUCCAGUUGCUCAGACAAAACCGGACGAGUUUGAAGGUACUUUAAGCUAUGACUUUCUCAGAAUGUUUAGAGAAGGAACCCUGACAGACUUUGAACUGUUUGCCGUUCAAGGUAACGAACGUCCUCCACUUUUCCAUGAUACUAUAGAUUCUAAUAUAGAUAUCAAACCACAGCAGCAAAUUCAGUUGACACAAACUGUAUCCACUCCUACAGCAGCUUCAACCUACGAUCACCUCCCAAAUAACUCACUCCUUGACAGAAACUCACCUGCUCCUUCUCUUAGGGCAAUAGAUGGUGUUAUGGGUGAUAAUGAUUCUGCUGUUGACUUUUCCAUGACCUCAUCUGUCCAUAAAACUACCAGCAGUCAAUUACCUACACCCAAUAAUGCGAUCGGUCAAGAUAAUAAUAGCACUAAAUCAACUGGCAGCAGUAAUGAAAGCUUCCCGCCAUCUCCUGAGCCUUUACACAAAUCAAGCAGUAUGUUGCGAAAUUCCACUGUUGGUAAUAAUACAACCACCAAGGAUAACGUUCCCAUAUUCACAUUAUCAAGGCCUAUCAGAGUCCAUUCGCUAGUUCUAUAUACUCGAUGGCCACAUUUUCGUCGGAUCAUGGUAAACCAAAUGAGCGAGUUCCACUCACGUAAAAUGUACCUUCCAGAGCCAGAACAAUGGGUUCGUAAACUGGUAGAGUUUAUGUAUUCCGAUUCCCUGGAAGGCUUUAGUCUAGACGACGUUUCUGGGCUGCUAGUCUUGGCAAAUUUGUAUGAGUUGCCGCGCUUGAGAAGACUUUGCCUUGAGCAUAUUUCCAAAAACAGCGUUACAUGCAACAAUGCCGUGAUUGUUUACUGGCGAUCAUAUACCGCUAAUGAGUCAGACUUACAAAAGACUGCAGCUGCAUACUGCUUGCGGCAUUGGGGUGAGGUGGUGCGAACCGAGGAGUUCCAAGAGCUUCCGCGCGAUAUUAUGAUUAUGCUUUGCCAGGAAGCCAUGAGUCCCUCGGCCAUUAUCCAAAAAAACACUGAUCAGGAGCAACUUGAGCUGGAACGACAGCAUCAGCAGCAACAGGAGCGACGCCGUGUGGAGCGCCAGUUUUACCAAAAGCAGCAACGCCAGCGUCGGCGCCAGCGAAAUGAGCAAGAUGAAAAUGGACGAUCAAGCAGAAACUUGUCGGGGGAAAAUCGGCGUACGGGGUCACCUGCAGUACAAGGAGCAAUAAGUAGGGCAGCCCAGCAGUUUUCUUCGGAGAUGGACAACUCUACUGUUAAUGCUGGUAUUGCUGCCAGCGCUGUUACUGUUUCUUCUUCGAGUAUUGGUACCGCUGGGGUUUCCGCAACACCAGCAGUAGCUACAACGGUCACCGCUUCACCAUCGCAUGUAUGGACAUCGUCACUUCCCAACUCCAGCUCUGGAGAUCCAGGAGACAUUUCGCGUGAUGGGUUUUCAGAAUAUCAACCCCCUAGUAGCGAGAAUGGGAGUAGCCUAAGUAGCAGCCAUGAGAAUGAUUCGGACAAUAAUAAUGACAACAUGGGAAGUGCAGAAGGUAGGCCAAGCAACGCAUCUACACCACGCGCCCGUAGACAGUUCAACUUGCCGACAUCUUACUCGCGCCCAAGCUACAAUGCUAACGGACAUCGAUGGGAAGAAAUUCUUCAAGCAUCGCGGGCUAGUUCUGCAACACCUCAAAGCACUGAAACCAGGGAAGGUUGGGAUGGUGUUUACGAUGAUCUUGCAGAUGAUAUGGAUCUGAUGUAG